CUUUAAGUGUAGUAAUACCAAAUAUGCUAACAGAACCACUUAAUAUGUCGUCACCGAUAAAGGCGGUCAAAAAAAGUCAUCAUAUUUCAAGUCCGCCACCAAUAACAACUCUGAUGCCGCAGAAACCAAUACAACAAACAUUUCCUGAAACAACGCAUACUUCACCCAUAAAGGAAAUCACUACCGCUACAGUUUCAUAUGAUAACUCUUCUCCUACCCUUCCUGUUAAACUAUUUAUUAAUGAUUCAUUAUCAGAUGCUACGCCAAUUUCUCCAACAAGAUCCUUCUUUGUUAAAGAUUUACCUGAAUCAUCAUUUGAAAAGAAAUUACCUAACUUACCGAAAGAAAAUAUUCAAUCAUCUACUACAUUUUCAUCAAUCGCUUUAACUUCACACAGGAGAAAAACAAUUCCUGUUCAAUCUAAAAGGGAAUCAAUGACAAUACCUCCACUUAAAAAGAAUAUUCCUAUAUAUACCACAAAAAAUGGGAACGAAGGUUCUCAAAUAUCACCUUCAAAGUUUGAUAUGCCAGAACUUGACCCUUUAUCAAAAGUUCAGCGUUCAUCAGACAUUGAAGAAUCUACAUUAAAACGUACGUUAUCUGACCCAACAUCAAAUACACAUGUAUUACCAACUUUGAAUAUAACUUUGUCUAAUGAUACGGAUUCUUGGAAACUUCAGGAUGAAUCACUACCUACAUCAUCUAAUAGGUUUAAAUUAGAUCUUGAUUCGUCCAAAUUAACAGAAAAUGUUAAUUUUAAUCAACAAUUUGAAAUGAGAAAAUCCAAAAACCCAUUCUUGUAUAAAGUAGUUGGACAAAAGUCAGGUAAUAAAAAGAAGUCGUUACUAUCAGUUCAAGAUAGCUCUACUUAUGUAAUGGAAAUGCAAGAAACACAUUCGACAAAUGAUAAUACAAAUUCAGAGAAUAGUAAUAAAAGAGAAUUACCCGUAAAAUCAUAUAGUAUAUUAAGAAAACCUUUACCAACUUAUUCUUCUUCAAGUUCCAAGAAAUCAAAAUUGACAAACAAAUCAAACAAAUUACCAAAUUCAUUAACAAUUACACUUCGAAAUUCUGGAAGUUUUCAUACAUAUACAUCAUCUGAUGAUUUAAAAUCAGUAGCUACAGGAAGAACAAAACGACGAACAUUAAAACCUGUACAAAUUCCGAAAUCACCUUAUUCUUCUAUACGACCAAAACGAGAUACAUUAUCACCAAAUAGUACACUAAAGAAAAAUCCUUUCCUUAAACAUAUUAAAACGAAAGUGAAAGGUUCCGGAGAUCAUAAUUUACCCGAAUAUACAUCAUCCAAAAGUAAAAUGUCAUUUAUGGUGCCACAUAAUCUUGCAUCUGUUGAAUAUAGAAAAUAUAAUCGUUCAAUGCCAGACCUUACAGCACGUGUUAGACAUAAUAAAUUCAACAAAGCUUUCAAAAGAAAUAAUGUGACCGUACCAGAUUUCACACGAGUUAAUUCAGUAAUAAAAGAUUCAGUUAGAAAAAAAGAUGUAGAUAUUGAUAUGACAUUUAAACAAGAUGCAGAUUUAAAUCCAUCAAGAGUGACAAAAUUCAGUAUUAAUUUAUAUGAUGAAUCUGAAUCUAGUGAAUUAUUUAAACCUGGAUCACCAUGGAUACAUUUACCUCACUUAGAUGAAUAUAUAAAAAGUUUACCACAAACAGAAUUUUCAGAUCCUAAAGAUUUAAUGACUUUAGAAGAAUAUGAAAAAUUUAUAAAAUUUUCUAAACCUGAUAAAAGUGGUGAAUUAAUGUUUCCACCGAUGAAUCAGAUCCCAGAAGAAGUUUCUCUGGAAGAUCUUGAGUCUAAUAUGCUUAAAAAACCUUCAAAAUUUCUUGGAAUUGAGAUGAUACAAGGUAGACGAAAUGAUUGGUUAGAUGCAGCAGUUGAUGGUAUACUUGCUGUGGAAGGGUAUAUUGGAACUCAAACUUCACCAGAUAAAAUGACUAUAUUUGAAAUCUUAAGAGACUUUUUUCAAUUUUUGACACUUGUAUUAUCAUUUGGAAGUCCAGGAGUAUUUCAAAGUUGG